AUCGAAAAUACAUAAAAGUAUGUACAGUUUACAAAACAAGUAAGAAAUAUAAACUCGGACUAAAGUGAACUAUAACAAGUGAAAAUAAUUGAUGGAAACUUGUCUCAAGAAAAUAUCCAAAUUUUUGGUCCCUUGCCUCGAAAUUUUUGGUCCUUGUGAACUGUGAUUGGGAACUGCAUUCCAGGAUAUUUCCCUCGAAAUUUCAUAAUCAAAACGGGAUGGCUUUUAUCCAAAGUCAAAAUGAGUUAUCUCUGUAUGUGUUUUUAUGAGAGUAAUUCAAUUCAGAUAAAACAUGACACCAAUUCUCAUCCAAAUUUGGAGAUGGCUGAUGCAUCCAAAGGUGUGGAGAUUUGGGGGCUUUGCUUCAGCUGUAGUUGGAUUGCUUUGUUAUGCUCUCAGUUCUUCCUUCAACUAUCUCUUUGGAGAAUGGAAUCUUUUGAAGAUUUUUCUUUACACCGUUUUCAGCUUCAUAAUCUGUCUGGUGAUUCUAUUUGCAAGGAUAUGGAGACACUCAAGAAGUCUUCGUUUCAAAGCUCACGCAGCAUAUUUGGCAUUAACAAUCACCUCUGUCUAUUCAUUUUUCUUUGAUAAAGUUAUGAAUGGAAAACCAGAUGCAUAUAGUAUCAUUUCAUGUGCUGCCUUUUCUAUUAUGUCACUCAGUUUGUCGCGUCAAACUCAGUGCGGAUUUGAAGUGGAUCUUCUUUACUUUUUUCUAGGAGUUCUAAUUGUACAACUCAUGAAGAUUAAAUUGCAGUUAUUCAUUGUUGGAGCAGGUUUCAGCUAUUCCCUUAUUAUUCUCCGUUCUUCAUUUUCUUCAAUAGAUGCCAUUGCCAGAGCAGAUAAUGAGUACUCUGAACUCCAAAAUGGAAGUUCAGUGGUUAUUAACAUGAAUUCCCUACAAUUGGACAGUACUGAUAUUGCUAGCAAUAGCAAUGGCAUCAAUUCACCCCAAUUGGUCGGUAGUGAUUUCAAUAGUAUGAUGGAUCAACUCCAGACUUGUGUGAAGGCGCUUGAGCAGGAAAAUUCAAAUCUCAUUGAAAUGCUUUUGGAGCAAAUAGAAAAAUAUGUUGAAGAAGACUCUCAGUUGGUGGUGGCCGAUCCUAACUUCAUGAUGGAUGCACUACACCCAGAAACCAUCAAAAGUGUUCAGGAAACAGCCAUGUUGAUGGUGACAGCUGGAUUUGAAAAGGAGUUUUCCGAUGUGUACAACAACUGUCGGAGGAAAUGCUUGGAUGAGUGCCUAAUGCAUAAAUUAUUUAGGUUUCAGAAGUUCAGUCUCGAUGAAGUUCACAAUAUGUCGUGGCAGGACCUCAAAGAAGAGAUUGAAAUAUGGAUUAAAGCUUCCAAUGUCGCUCUCAAGAUACUUUUUCAUGGCGAGCGACGACUCUGCGAUCGCGUCUUCUUCGGAUUCUCAUCAGCAGCAGAUUUCUCUUUCAUGGAGGUUUGCAGAGGAUCCACCGUUCAGUUGUUAAAUUUUGCCGAUGGUGUUGCAAAUGGAAGGCGUUCGCCAGAGCAUUUGUUUAACACCCUUAAGGUGUUUGAAACAUUGCGUGACCUAAUUCCAGAUUUUGAAUCCUUAUUUUGUGAUCAGCAUAGUGUGUCUCUAAUGAAUGAAGCGAUCACGAUAUGGAAGAGAUUGGGGGAAUCAAUCAGAGGCAUUUUCGUGGAGUUGGAGAAUCUGAUUGUUCGAGAUUCGGCUGUGACGGUUCCCGGUGGCGGUCUUCACCCGAUUACCCAGCACGUGAUGAACUACCUCCAUGCGGUUUGUCGGUUCUGUCCAACACUAGAGCAAGUGUUUGACGGUUCCUCACUUUCUGGGCAGAUGAAUAGGAUUAUGGACCAAUUGGAGAGCAAUUUGGAAGAGAAGUCCAAAUCCUACGAGGACCCUUCUUUAAGCUAUAUUUUCUGGAUGAAUAACGACAAAUACAUAGUUGAGAUGACCAAAGAUACCAAACUAGGAACCCUUUUGGUCGAUUUCUGGAUUGGAAAACAUGCUUUGAAAAAAUCUCAGUAUCAUGCUAAAUAUCAAAAGACCAUGGGCACUAUACCCCCCACUUUAGUGCAAGAUUUAUUCCAGACGACUGGUCCUUUUGGAGACGUUCAGCCGUUAUUGUACAGCUCUCAACAGGUUGACGAGAUAGAUGGGGAGAAUGUGAAAGCAGAUGUGCAUGAAGCAUCACCCUCGGAACAACAACAAAUGUAUUUUAACUUCUCCCAACCACAUGAAAGGUAUCUCAACUACCGGCAACCACUUGAAAGGCAAAAGGAUUCAUGGACGAGAACAAUAGUGGUGGUAUCUCCCGCACCACAAUUUUGGAACCCAGAUAAAAUGCCACCAGAUGACGGGUUUACCUGGAAAAAAUACGGCAAGAAAGAAACAUUUGGGUUUAAAUACCCUAGGAGUUACUACAAGUGCAAUGACAUGAAGUUAUAUGCGUGUCGAGCCAAGAAGCAAGUACAACGACAUGGUGUCCAUCCAAAUAUAUUUGAAGUACAAUACGUAGGUGGACAUUCUUGCGGCACGUCCUUAACGAUACCAUCGUUAAUUUUACCACCACAACUAGUGAAUAUCUCAAGGGAUACGACUCAAUCAUCAACUUCACCAUCUGACAAUGCUGGACUCUCUAUUUCAAAACCAGACAUUGAUUUUUGGAAAACAAGUAGCUCCAAUAAAUGGCCACAAGGUGAAUAUAUAAAUUCUAUGCCAAAGCUAGCUGUUCCGGCCGACGGUGGGCAUCAUGAUCCAAUGAUGAAAACCAUCGUGAUCAGUCUUGUUUCAUUUCCGUCACAAAAGGAGAAGACAAUAGAGCUGGUAGAGUGCAUAUUGGCAUCAGAGUCUGAAAAAUAUGUGGAUCCUUCUUUGCGUCAUUUUUUCAUGAUGAAUAGUUGGAGGUAUUUAGAACAGGCAAAUAAAAUAAGGGAUUUAUAUGAUACUUUUGGCUAUGUUUGGUUCAAAAAAACUAGAUCAAAAGUGAUACAAAACCUUGAACUCUAUCAAAGAAGUUCAUGGGAUAAGGUGCUGGAGUUUUUAAAGUUGGAUAUCAAUGACUCUGUUGAUUCGAUGAAAACAAAGCUCAGUAUGUUCAACAUGCACUUUAAAGAGAUAUGCAGAGUUCAGUGCAUUUGGUCUGUUCAUGAUAUGAAUCUAAGAGAACAAAUAAUUGCAACUCUCAAAAACAUCUUGCUGCCAGCUUAUGGAAUCUUCAUAGGGAGGUUUCAGGAUUUUCUUAAAAAUAAAGCUUACGAUUAUAUUGAGUAUGGAAUGUUUGACAUUCAAGAUAUACUCGAUAAUAUGUUUCUUGGAAACAAGAAAAACAAUUGAGUCAUUUGAUUUGUGAUAAGGAUCAUAGUUAUUUCUUCAUUUUGUUUUGUUUUAUUUCGUCCUGGUGUUUUGUAGUGUUUUCUUAAUCUCAAUAGAGUUAUUUAAUUUUUUAUAUGUAUAAAUCUCAUAAUAACAUAAUAAGAUUCAUUUGAAAGUCUUUUAGAAUAGGUCAUAUAUGUUAAUAUGUCAUAUUGUGUGUAAGAGUACAUGAUAAUAUGUAACAUUAAUUUUGUAGAUUUUAUCCUACUGAAAA